GGAGUAGCUUAAUUGUCUAACUGUAUGAUCAGUUGAAGGAGUUGAGUUUAGAUUAUCUACUCAGCAAACAAAUAAAAAUGAUCUUGGGGUACGUCUCAUUAUCAGUAUCGAUAUGGCUGGUUUAAGGAAAGUAGCGUACAUCACCUCUCCGCGUGGAAGUGAGCAGUUGAUAUUAGAUGGAUAUAUUUACAACAGAAACCGCGAGAGGCAAACCUGCACACAUUGGAGAUGUGUCGUCAAGACGUGCAAUGGGAAAUGUACGACUGUCGGUGACUUUCUUUGCAAUCAGUCGGAACAUAACCAUCCGCCUGAAGAUGAAACCAGAGUGAACUUUGUCAGCAAUCUUCGUAAAAGAGCGCGAGAAGAAACCACACAGAUGCAGGCAUUGUACGAGGAGCAAGUCACUCAAGUAGAUGAAGCCAACAUGCCAGCAGAGCGUGAAAAGUGCACUUUACAGCGUUACCCAGGUCGCGGUCAGCAGUAGACAUUGAAGACAAAUGGUCAGAGAAAACAGAUGGACCUCCAGGAAGCUUACACCCUUUACAUGGAUGGUACCUUCACAGCAUGUCCAGGUUUAUGGGAUCAAGUAUACAUCAUUCAUGCCAGAGUUGGUCCCAACACCUUCCCUCUAGUGUUCGCCCUUUUGCCAGAUCGCCAAGCAACAACCUAUGGCCGGCUUUUUCGACAACUGAAGACAGAAGGUCAAGAGCGACUCAACAGGCCUCUGUCACCUAGCACACUUGCUUCGUCUGGGAGAUAUAAACUGUAAUAGUUAUUAAAUGUAAAGUGUACAUUACCAAAAACUGUCACAAAGUGU